AUGAUUUUCUCCAAGACAUCAGACGGAAGCCGAGCGGGCCAACUCGAGGGCCAAACGCAAGCACCCCACCCCACAACACCACACCACACCACCGUCAUCGACAGCGGAGUCGACGACCACUACCUGACGCUCAGUGGAGCCUACCGACCGCCAUCUGCCAGGCAGCUACCGCUAUCGUUCAAGACCCCCGUCCUCUACCUCUCUUUGGCAUAUCACUAA